UUGAUGAUCCAUGAGCUGCAUUUUUUUUUUUUUUUAUCCACCAGGACAUCCCACACGGGGAAAUAUUUGACAGCGUGUAACCAUGUCAACAUAAGCAGAAGCUGCGGCCCAGCUUUAAAUCCUGUCUCUCUGAGCUUUGACUGUGAUGAAAAUCAGUUUUCUUUGCGAGUCUUCCUCCCCUUGCAGAUCAACAGCCUGCUCUUCAUCUCCAACUGUCAACACUCACCAAAGACACAAAGCGAAGAAAACUCUGGAGAAACAAAACAUUGUGUUUGGACUCAUGACAGACGGGGAUAAUUUUCCACUCUGCUCUCUGUGCCAGGUUGGAUUUGUGCAGCCAGAGGCGCUCAGGCACGAGCUUCCUGGAGACAUCUCCCUCAUACGGUAAACUAAAAGGCUCGAUGACAUGAUGGUCCGACCCUCUUCCCUCCCCCCCUCCAUCUCUCUCAUUCCUGUUCUCCUCCGACUCCUCCUCCUCCCUCCGUCUCUCGUCUCCUCUUCCUUCUCCAACGCCCCGCUGAGCUGGACCUCGCCUCACGAGCCCUGCUACCACCCAGAUGGCCGUCCUCGACACUGCCUGUCGGAGUUCAUCAAUGCCGCUUACGGGGUCCAAGUCAACGUCACCCACUCCCUGCACGGGCCAGACAACAACCCCAACAUCACCACCCUAACGGACCUGCACAACCCGCACAACCUGACCUGCUGGAGGGCCCGGGCUGGAGCCGACUCUGGCGAUUGGGUCUUCACCUUACCUCUGGGCCGCCGCUUUGAGAUCACCUACAUCAGCUUGCAGUUCUGCAGCCAAGGGCAGCCGUCUAACCCCAUAUCCAUCUCCAUCCUUAAAUCCAUGGACCACGGGCGUAGCUGGCGGCCGAUGCAGCACUACUCCAGCAACUGUCUGGAGGACUUCAAGCAACCCUCUCUGACCAUCGCCCAAACGAGACACCAAGAGACUGAACCGCUCUGUUCGGACCCCCGGCCCCUGCAGAGGCAGCGGGGCAGCACAGUCCUCGCCUUCUCCACUCUGGACGGUCGCCCGUCUUCUCCUGAUUUCGAUUACAGCCCCACCCUCCAGGACUGGGUCACGGCCACGGACAUCCGGGUUGUCUUCCACAGAACUUCCAACAAUGUGAAGGCUACGGAUAAAAUAGAAGAGACCCAGUGGCGUGACGGCCUCCAUGACGCCAAACGAACUGGGAUCCUGAAGUGGAGGUCGGACACAAAGAGCGACACUGGAGAUCAGGUGGACAAAUUAAGAGACAAUACACUGGCUUUUUUUGACAGGGACAAAAGAAAAAACUCAGAGUUAAGUAGGGGGAAUAAGGAGGAGCGGAUAGACAAGCAGCGUCGGAAGGACCACCGCAAAGGUUCUGGCCAUGGCCAAGAUGGCCACAACGUGACCAGCAAGGAAGGGGAAGACACUUUUGGCACCACCGACUUACUUGCUUCGCCAAAGAAAGGUGGCAAGGCCAGAAAGCGAAAUCGCAACAGGGACAACAACUUCUGGGUGCCUUGCUCAAACGGAGACUGCACGUGGACGGUGGAAGGGCGGAGCAGGACGAACGGCGGCCGGGAACUGAGGAAGAGGAGGAACAACAACCCCAACACCAAACAGAACUUAAGGACUUCCCAGCCCUCUGGCCUGAUCCUUCCUGUCCGAGCUCCUCUGGCCAUUUCCGACCUGCAAGUCGGCGGGAGGUGCAAAUGUAACGGGCACGCUUCCAGGUGUCGCCGUGACGACGCAGGCCAGGCAGUGUGUGUGUGCGAGCAUCACACGGCGGGCCCCGACUGUGACAUGUGUGAGGAUUUCUAUGUUGAUAGACCGUGGCAUCGCGCUACACCCACUCACCCAAACCCCUGCGUUGCCUGUGAGUGUAAUGGCCACUCCAACAAAUGCCGCUUCAGCAUGGAGGUGUUCCAGCAGUCGGGCAGGAAGAGCGGAGGCGUGUGCCUGAAGUGUCGCCACCACACGGCCGGGCGCCACUGCCAGUACUGCCAGAACGGCUUCACCCGCGACACCAGCAAGCCGCUGGACCACCGCAAGGCCUGCCAACCAUGCCAGUGCCAUCCUCUGGGAGCUGUGGGUCGCUGGUGCAACCAAACGUCGGGUCAGUGUUUGUGUCGAGAAGGAGUGACCGGCCUCAGGUGCAACCGCUGCGCCCCAGGAUACAAGCAGGGCAAGUCCCCGCUGCGGCCCUGCAUACGCAUUCAGGAGGUCGCGCCAACCCCUGUGUACCAACCUCAGUACAGCAUCACGGAGGAGUGUGUGUCUUACUGCCAGCCCUCUGAGGUCAAAGUCAGGAUGAACCUGGAGACGUAUUGUCUCAAGGACUACGUGCUGAAGGUGCAGGUGAGAGGGAUGGAGCGUUCAGGACCCUGGUGGCAGUUCUCCAUCGCUGUACAAACCGUCUUCCGGACCGGCUCUAGCUCCCGCAUCCGGAGGGGCUCCCAGUCCCUCUGGGUUCCCGACCGCGACCUCGGCUGCGGCUGCCCCGCCCUCCACGUGGGCCGGACGUUCCUCCUCAUCGGCGCGGAGGAAGGGGAGCGGAGUUUGGCUCCGGAAGAGAGUCGCCUGGUGGCGGACCGCUCCACGCUGGCCCUCCAGUGGCGGGAACACUGGAGCCCCAAGCUCAGGGGCUUCCGGGGGCAGGACAAGAGGGGCCGCUGCCCCCAAAGACCCCCAAACGCCCACCGGCCCCGGAGCAGGGAGCACGCAAAGACACGCUCCGCAUACAUCCCCCCUCACCUGCUGACUGAGAAGGACGCCAGCGCUCAUUUUGACAAAACUGUGAACUCGGAUGAGGCUCAGAGCAACACAGAGAGAAACGUUGCACCCACAGAGACGGCGCCCGUUUCUUCCACCGUCGCUCUGGUGUGUUCGACUCCAAAUCCUGAGUAAAAUAAAAAAAUUACAACUACAAAAAAAAAAUAUAUAUAUAUAUAUAAAGACAGGUGUUCUUGUCAUGUUGAAGGUUUUAGUAGAGAGUUUGGACUUCUUUGUCCAUUUUGAGGAAAGAAAUCCAUCUUCACACAUGAGAAACAUCUGGAUUAGCUUUUAGCUGCUGCUGCGUGAAUUUACAGGAGAAAAUUACAAAAGUUAAUCGAUGACAAAAGUAUCCCACCAGGAAAAGUGGUGGGAUAAAAUAUUUGUUUUUUUUAACCCAUUAAAAAAAAUAAGCAC